ACUCCAUGCUGAUCUUGAGCUAAAUUCCAAAAUAGCAAGCUUGUUGGGUUUUUUGUGUGAAACUCAUACGGGGGCACAGCAAAUCAAUACCCAGGCACAUGUCUCUGUAUAGGUCUAGCGACGCCCCUGUCUCUUAUCUGUAAGCAGACACAUCAUAGCAAUCAAAUGGCAACACGACUUGAGCAUUCAGAGGACAGACGUCUAGUCUAGGCUACUAGAAUGGAGCAACUAUGAAACUAUGGAGCAAGGGGAGACUGAAGAUGGGGUCCAUAUAUGGCAAGGAACAGACGUUGACAGCGUAUCUCCAGGCCAGAGAAAGUCCCCUACACCCAGCCUGGUGUCCCUGAGGAGUGAUGGCUCAGUGGGGUUCCCCACAAACAUGGCGGAGGGCAGGGCAGAGGACCAGAGUGUCUGUCAUCUGAAGAGGUCUGGGUCUCCUGCACCCAGCCUGGUGUCCCAGAUGAGUGAUGGAUCUAUGGGGUUUCCCCCAGACAUGGCGGAGGACGGCACCGCGGCAGACCAGAGUCAUCAUCCUACGUACCUGAAAGUGGAAGAACACAAAGAAGAAGAAGGAAAAGGAGAAGAACAAUGGAUGCAAAGUGUUGAAUAUCUCAAAUCUAAUGUGAAGACAAGAUUACAGCAUCUACAUUAUGGUAGCAAGGAGCCGGAUAAUCCGUCUUUUGUUUCCAACAUCUACACUAAGUUAUAUAUCCUUGCAAGAGGGAAAAAGGAGGUUAGCGAUGAGCAUGAAGUCAGACAGAUUGAGAGGUCAUCAAGAGGAGACACAGCACCUGUCACAGGUAUUCAUUAUUCUGACAUUUUUCAGCCACUGCCUGGACAACAGGAACACAUUAGGACUGUGCUCACAAUGGGCAUUGCCGGCAUUGGAAAAACUGUGACAGUACAAAGGUUUAUCCUUGACUGGGCAGAAAACCGAGCCAAUCAAGAUAUUCAGUUGAUGCUACUGGUAUCAUUUCGAGAAUUGAAUAUGUUGAAAAGGCGUCUCUUGAGUUUAACAGAGUUGCUGCAGCAAUUAGGAAAUGACAUAAGGGAUGUGGAGAUGCUACAUAAGUCCAGAGUCCUGGUAAUCUUGGACGGUCUAGAUGAAAGCAGAAUUACGUUAAACUUUCAAAGCAAGGAAAUGUGCUCCUCCAUAACAGAACACACCUCAGUGGACGUGCUGUUGACAAACCUCAUCAAGGGCAAUCUGCUUCCUUCUGCUCUCAUCUGGAUAACUACCCGCCCAGCAGCAGCCAGUCAAAUCCCUCCUGAGUGUUUCGACCGGGUGACAGAAUUAAGGGGUUUCAGUGACCUGCAGAAGGAUGAAUACUUCAAGAAGAGAAUCAGUGAUGAUGAUCUUGUUGAAAGAAUCAUAACACAUCUAAAGUCAUCCAGGGUUCUCUACAUCAUGUGCCACAUUCCAGUCUUCAGCUGGAUUGCAGCCACAGUUCUAGAAAGACUUCUCACAGGGAACAAGGAAGAAAAAAUUCCCAGGACGGUCACGCAAAUGUACAUACACUUCUUGAUCAUGCAGACAAAUGUUAGCAAGCAGAAGUACACAGAGAGAAAGGAGACAGAUAAAGGGACCAUACUCAAAUUAGGAAAACUGGCUUUCCAACAGAUGGAGAAGGGGAAUCUCAUCUUCUAUGAGGGAGACCUUAGAGAGUGUGGCAUUGAUGUGAAAGAAGCAUCCGUGUAUUCAGGAGUGUGUACACAGAUCUUCAAUGAGGAAACUGGGCUGUACCAGGGAAGGCUUUUCAGCUUUGUGCACCUGAGCAUUCAGGAGUUUCUUGCAGCUCUCUAUGCUCAUAUUUCUUUCCUUGAAUACAGGAUCAAUGUUUUGACCCCAACCAUGAAACCCAAGGCAAGGCACAGGCGUCGAAACCUGUGCAACUUACACAAAGACGUCAUUGACCGGGCGUUGCAGUCUCAUAACGGACAUCUGGACUUGUUCCUGCGCUUCCUGCUGGGUUGUUCCAGAGAGGGCAAUAAGGAACUCCUAAAGAGGGUCUUCGGAAUGAUGGAACGCACUAAAGGAAGCGACAGUACUCUCAGAUACUUGAGAAACAAAAUCAAGGACAACCUCUCAACUGAGAAAAGCAUCAACCUGUUCCACUGCCUGAAUGAGUUGAGCUACGGACAGCUUGUGGAAGAAGUUCAGCGUUUUCUGUGCUUGAACAUCAUCCCGCGGCUCAAGCUGUCCUCUGAUCAAUGGGCUGUCCUGGUCUUCAUCCUCCUCACCUCAGAGAAUGACCUCAGCACCUUUGACCUCGGCCAGUACAUGGACUCCAACACCGUGCUGGAGAAGCUGAUGCCCGUGGUCAAACAGGCCAAAACACUGCGGCUUAAGAAAUGCAACCUGACGGAGAAAAGUUGGGAGGCGCUUGUGGUUGUCAUUCAGUCACCACGGCUUGAAGAGCUGGAUCUGGGUGGCACUCACCUACAGCAUUGCCAUGUCAAACACCUCUGCUCUGCUCUCACAUCUGCAAACUGCAAACUGAAGAGACUAAAGCUGAAUGGUUGCAAGCUAAAUGAGGAGAGUUGUGCUGCUGUGGUUGCAGCCGUCAGCGCUGUCUCAGACAAUCUAAUAGAGCUGGACAUGAGUCAUAAUCAGCUGGGAGAUGCUACGGUCAUGCAACUCUCUCGAAUCCUGGCCAAUACUCAGUGCCAGCUGCAGGAACUCAGGUUGGGAUGGUGUGGUGUGAAGGAGGAAGGUUUCCGCCACCUGGCGGCUGCUCUGCGAGUAAACCCCUCCCACCUGAAGGAGCUGGACCUUAGCAUGAGCAUGCCAGGAGAUACAGGAAUUGACGCCUUCUGCACUGCUCUAAGCGAAUCACAGUGUAGCCUUCAAGUACUCAAGUUGAAUAAGUGUGAGCUAACUCACAGCAGCUGCUCAUCUCUGGCGGCCCUCAUUCGCUCUGAGUCCUCAGGUGUAUUAGAGCUGCACCUGAGUGAUAAUAACCUGCAGGACGCCGGCGUGAAGACUUUAGCAGAGGCACUCAGCACACCUGGGUGCAAACUACAGGUGCUCAGGCUGUAUAACUGUGGCAUCUCUGAGAGGGGCUGUGGGUAUCUGGCAGAAGCGUUGAAAGUGCAUUCCUCUGGCCUGCGAGAGUUGUACCUGGACUGCAGCCCUGCACCGGACUGCAGAGUUAACCCUUUAAUGAAGCUGCAGAGCACACUUCCACUUGACAGACAACUAGAGAAGUUGGACAUUAAGGACUCGUAAUCUGACCAAGUGCAUGCAGACCUGCGGAGAAGUGGUGUGUGUGUGUGUGUGGACUUUAUUUAAUGUGUAUUUGCAUAUUUUUGAUUCACUCUUAAAAAAAACCUGGAAUACAUACUGUCAAUAGCAUA